CUCUUUAACAUAUCCAUAUAAUUCAUCACAUACAUAUUUAAAAUGUUCAGAUCAACUGUUCUUAGAAGCUUGAGAACUCCUCUUGCUGCUGUUGCUAGACCAAUCGUUGCCAGAGCCCCAGUUGCCUUCACCCAUGUGCAGUUCUACUCUGGUUUUGCUCCAUUGACCAGAGACCUUGCUAAGGAAAGAAUUUUGGAAUUGCUCGAAGGUUACGACAAGGUCAAGAACCCAGAAUCUAUUACUGAAGAAUCUCUGUUCUCUCAAGACUUGGGUUUGGACUCUUUGGACGUUGUGGAAGUUGUUAUGGAAGUUGAACAUGAAUUCAACAUCCAAAUUCCAGACCAUGAAGCCGAUACUUUAAAGACCGUUGGACAAACCAUUGACUACAUUGUUUCCCAGCCAGAUGCUUGUUAGAUUUACAUAAGGAACGAAUAGAAUGAACUCACAUUG